UUUAUAGGCUGAGUUCCUCGCGGUGAAGCACUCUGGUUCAGCUCUACAAGAGGGGAGGAGACUGCAGACACAGCUCCUCACACCAACCUCCUCUAUCUCUACACUUUUAUUUCACCUCCCCCCCUCGGACUUAAACUGCAAGAAACUUUUUGGGCAACUUUUAUAACUUUUCCACAACUUUCUUUUAAAUAAAAAGCACCAGUCGUGGCCCAAACACCCGGUUGCAGCGCAGGAUCCCGCUCGGUCCUCCAUGAAAGACGGAGUGCGGCAGCAGAUUUGGGGAAGAGACGAGAUGUCAGCGACGGUGCUGUCUACUUUCUACGACAUGGACAUGCUUUACAAGCAGGAGAAAAGCAUGAACAUGAACGCCCUCCACAUCAACAGCAUGCUGGAUAAGAAGGCGGUGGGCGCUCCGGUGUCCGCGCUGGGCUCCGGAGGCUCCUUCACGUCGGGAUUUUUCCGCAGAAACUCCACCAGCAACCUGGAGGCAAUGAGUAACGGCAACAAGUACUCGCUGGGCUCCUACGGCAGCUGCAUGAAGGACAACUCCCCCAGCGGCGGCGGCGGCGGCACGGCACUCAUGAACAAGGAGAAUAAGUUCCGUGACCGCGCCUACAGCGAGAGCGCGGAGCGGGGCGUGCUGCAACAGAAGCCCGCCUCGCAGAUCAACUCCACCCGCUACAAGACCGAGCUGUGUCGGCCCUUUGAGGAGAACGGCUCGUGCAAAUACGGAGAAAAGUGUCAGUUCGCUCACGGCUACCACGAGCUGCGGAGCCUGACGCGCCACCCGAAGUACAAAACGGAGCCGUGCCGCACCUUCCACACCAUCGGCUUCUGCCCCUACGGUCCCCGGUGCCACUUCAUCCACAACGCAGACGAGCGGCGGCCCGCGCCGCCCGCCAACGCCAACAUGCAGGCGGUGGAGCCCCGCGGCUACAGCCAGAGGGACGGCCUGCAGUCACAGCAGCAGCAGCAGCAGCUCGCCUACAGCCAGAGAGAGAGACCAAAGCUCCACCACAGCCUCAGCUUCUCAGGCUUCUCCACCCAUCACGGACUCGAAUCCCCGCUGCUCGACAGCCCCACGUCCCGGACCCCGCCGCCCCCAACCUCCGCCUCGUCCUGCACCUCCGCCUCCAGCUUUUACGACGACGUCCUGUCGCCCAGCUCCAUGCCCUGCAUCAACAGCGCCUUCUCUUUCCCCGGGCAGGACCUGAAAGCCUUACUGGCCCCGCUGGCCGUGCACACCCCCUACGCGAACAACCACUCCAGCGGUGCCUUCUACGGGAACGCGCCGGGCAGCGUGAGCCUGCAGGCGCUGCGCCGCCUCAGCGAGUCCCCGGUGUUCGAGCCUCCGCCCAGCCCGCCGGACUCGCUCUCAGACCGGGAGAGCUACGCGAGCGGGUCCCUCAGCUCUUCCGGGAGCCUCAGCGGCUCCGAGUCCCCGAUCCUAGACGCUGGAAGGCGUUUGCCAAUCUUCAGCAGGCUGUCGAUUUCUGAUGACUAAAUAAUGUUUGUUUUUUCUGCUUGGAUUAUGCACGGCUUGAUUUGAGUGAGGAGGUGCCCGCACCUCCUGCUUCUCAUUUCAGCAGCAGCCACCCUGCUGAUGUGCCUUUAAGCAAGACUUUUGAUUACCCACCAGCUGCAGGGGUGCAGCCCCUGCUCAGACCUCCCUGGAGGGGGGAACAAGAGACCAGUUUCCACUAAAGAUGCACCGAUUGGGCUUUCACACAGCCGAUCCAGAGCUCUAAGCUACCGAUUAUUUUGUUUUUCCUCACUAUUAAGGACACAGAAAAGGAGAAAAGUGCUGCAGGUUCCUUGAUAAAAAGUAGUUCAAAUCCAGCAGACAACAGGAGUUGUUGACCUUUUUUCUUUUUUUUUCUUUUUUAGUAAUCAGAAUUAGUUUUGAUGCAUUAACUGUAUGGAUCAAAAAUAUCUGGUGUUUUUUUUUUUAUUGUGAUUUUUCAGUAUUUCACCUGCUGAUUACAAGGAAAAUGUUCUGAUUGUGAGCUGUGGCCCCUCUGAUCGGUGCAUCUCUAGUUCCAUGAGGAUCAUCUAAGCUUCACUUUAAGUAUCCUUGACCAGGCAUUAGUGUAAUAGUGUUUGUAUGUAUUAUAGCUGUAAUAAAACUUAGUUAGCAAACAGAAGGCAUUCCAUCAGUGCCUUGCCCAUGGGGCUCCUGGCAGCCUCUUUCUCUCUCCCUUUCUAACUGCUCUAUCAGGCAAGCCACACUUUUCCUGGGAUUAGAUGUGUGUAUCAAGACUUGACAAGAAAAAAAAAAGACUUUAAGCGGUUUCAGAUUUCCUCCCAUCCUGCCAAGAAUAUGCCUUGACUUAAAGUAACACUUUUCUUUUUUUUUUUUUUUUAUUCUUCAACUUCCAUUCCAGAUCUGCCGCCUUCUAGCGCCACCCAGUGGUUGGUUUGGUUAGUCUGCAGUAGUUUGUUGCUUGGUUAAAAAGCACUCUUGAGUUGGGCUUGUUUGGGGAAAUCACUGCUGAUGGUUGAAUAUAUAUAUAUAUCUAUUUUUUUAGCUUUUUUUUUUUUGAGUGAUUUGCAUAGCAGUGCAUAACUUGCUAUGGACUAUUUAACUUAUUUAUUAUCUUGUGAAAAAAGUAUAGGCUACAUUGGUAAUUUGUCCAUACUGUAUUUAUCAAGUAUGAUGAAGCAAUAGAUCUAUAUUCUUUUAUGUUUAAAUUAUGAUCGCCAUUAUUAAUCUGCAUAAAGUGGAGUGUAUGUUCUUUUCACAGUAAUAUAUAUAUUGUUUUCUCCUUUUUUUUUUUUUGUAACUUCACUUGUUUAUUUUUAUUGUGAGUAAAAAAAAAAAAUCUUAAUUUAAGAGAACGUAUGUGAUAUUUAUUUCAUUAAUUUUGUUUCCUUGUUUACGUUUAUUAAAACAGUUUGUGUGAUUGCUGUUUGCUCCUGAGGCUGUGUCAGUGCUGUCGAAGGUCUUUAUUUUUAUUUUUUCCCCUUCCCCCUAGGAGGAUCCAUACUUUAGAUGUUCUGUAGAAUGUAUAAACUGAGGUUGUACAGACCGUCCAGACCUUGUUUCUUUUUGUCGAUCUAGUCUAGACGUCAGUGACAAAGAACCCAAGUCAAUAAAUUAACCAAAAAGUAUUUUUAUUUUUUUUUCCUCCUGUUUUUGCACGAGGUCACACUGUGAUUCCAGCCACGUGCUAAAGAAUGUAGCAAUCCCUUGUGCCCCAGUAUUAGUGUAGUGCCUAUGGGGUUCACCAUCUUUUUACAUGCCUUAAAAUUAACCAAAUAAAGUAUUUUUCCUACAUGGCAUAUUUUUAUAUACACAUUGAGCUGAAUGUAGUGUUGGAUUCUGCAACUUUUCAGGUUGUCACCACUCAGACUCUGACAGAAGCAACCUUAACCUUUCUGCAAGUCCCUAUUCCUCUUCCUUUUUUAUUUUAUUUUUUAUAUAUAUAUAGAUCUAUAUAUAUAUAUAUUAAAAUCUAGUCUUGAGUUUGCUGCAGAGGGAAGUGGACAAACACAUUUUGGUUUGUACAUAGUAGGUACAGGGGGAUGCGCACUAUGUACUUUUGACUACUUUAUCAGAAGUAAAGCUUUUUGAAUGUAACAAAAAAAACGGACAAAAAGACAACGAGAGUUGUGAUGUUUUUCUUUUGGGGAGUCAGUUCACUACAAAUUGAGUGUGAGACUGUUAACUUUGUACUGUACAUUUUUUUGUAGUUCUCCCAAUAAAAAUCAAUUUUGGACAAA